AUGAUCACUACUUUCAACUCAUGCAGUCCUUCACCAGGUGUCCAAUCCCCCGGCACACAAUCCAAACACCUAUUCCCAUCAGCCCAAAGGUCCCGAGGAACGACGUCAUUCCUUAACGCAUAUAAAUCUUCUCUCUAUAUUCCUCCAUUUUGGAUUGGGUCAGUGUUGGGUGAUGGUAGGGAGGGGAAGGGGGUGUUGAGAGGAUGGGUUACUGGGAGGAUGGGUUGCUGGGAGGAUGGGUUGCUGGGAGGGAGUGUUUUGGGCUAUGUUACACCUUGGCUCCAUCUUGGGCUCCCUAGGCUGGCUGGUAUAGAGCACACUUUUUUCAUCAUAGCUGCUCAUAAAGACAAACACUACAAUUACUGUAUUACACUGCGCAAAAAAUCACAGUUUGUAACAGGUUUUGUGUGUGCUGCCUACACGAAAUUGUUACGUCUUGUCACGCUGUGA